UGACCUGUCCGAAGUGGCGGCGCGGUGACCCAGGAGUGAAGGAGACUGCAGAGAUAUCGAGCAAAAACGAGACACUACAGGCCUGCCACCCAGCCGAGCGUCUGUCUCGGCUCAACACGUGGGAGAGCUGUCUACUCUGCCACCACCUGACUUCCAGUCCUCCCAAAAACCAGCGAGCCACAAGGCGAGGUAAGAGCGCCGUCUAUCAUGCUAGCACGGCUGAGAGCCAGAGAGGCCUCCGUUGCCUAGGAGAGGAGUCAGAGGAGGGAGCCGGUGACGCAGUGUAUAGAAGGCAGCGCGUUGUGCGGCGCGAUCUUACUCAGCCCAUGGAAGCUGAGGGCUGCGCGUGCGUGGAUAGUGUACCGGCCGGCACCGGCAGCAGUGCACAGAACAAGGGGGAGAUGAGCUCGGGGAAGGUGAUGGCAAUGCAGGCCCGGAAGAGGAGGCCGAAAGGAAAGAAGGAGAAGGCACGAAAGAAGCCGGAGGCUCAGCAGAAAGCACCAUCAGUCCCUCCACCUCCCCCUCCACCUCCCCCACCACCUCCUCCUAUACCUGAACCAGCUCCUCCAGAGCCCGAGGAGGAGAUUUUGGGAUCAGACGAUGAGGAACAAGAAGAUCCGGCUGAUUACUGUAAAGGUGGCUACCAUCCUGUGAAAAUAGGUGACCUGUUUAAUGGCCGGUACCAUGUGAUCAGGAAGCUAGGAUGGGGUCACUUUUCCACCGUGUGGCUGUGCUGGGAUAUGCAGGGGAAGAGGUUUGUUGCAAUGAAGGUAGUAAAAAGUGCACAACACUACACGGAGACUGCGUUGGAUGAAAUAAAGUUACUCCGAUGUGUGCGGGAAAGUGACCCUGGAGACCCCAAUAAAGACAUGGUUGUACAGCUAAUUGAUGAUUUUAAAAUCUCUGGAAUGAAUGGUAUUCACGUAUGUAUGGUAUUUGAGGUUCUUGGACAUCAUUUGUUAAAAUGGAUAAUCAAAUCUAAUUAUCAGGGUCUUCCCAUUCGCUGUGUAAAAAGCAUUAUUCGCCAGGUCCUUCAGGGCUUGGACUAUCUGCAUAGUAAAUGUAAAAUUAUCCACACUGACAUAAAACCAGAAAACAUCCUGAUGUGUGUUGAUGAUGCCUAUGUCCGAAGAAUGGCAGCGGAAGCCACGGAAUGGCAGAAGGCUGGUGCACCGCCUCCCUCUGGUUCUGCAGUGAGCACUGCUCCGCAACAGAAGCCUGUUGGAAAAAUUUCAAAAAACAAAAAGAAAAAACUGAAGAAGAAGCAAAAGCGACAAGCGGAGUUACUUGAAAAGCGUCUUCAGGAAAUUGAAGAGUUAGAACGGGAAGCGGAGCGGAAAAAAAGUGAAGAAAAUGAGAAUGAGCAGAAUGCUGAAAGCCAGCCAGAAGCCAAGCUGAAGACAGUAUGUCUAGAAGAUGUAGCUGAUGAGGAACCAGUCAACGAGGAUGGUAAUGUCUCCUCUGAUGGCGAAGAUCAUGAUGAAAAGGAAGACACAGAAAAAGAAAACACUGAAAAAGACGAUGAUGUAGACCCGGAGCUUUUUAACACAGAUCCAACAUGGAUUGAGUCUCCCAAAACGAAUGGCCAUUUAGAAAAUGGUCCAUUCUCUCUGGAACAGCCAUUAGAUGAUGAAGAUGAAGAGGAUGAAGACUGCCCCAACCCAGAAGACUUUAACUUAGAUGAGUCAAAUGCAGAAAGUGAUUGCACAUAUAGUAGCUCUUAUGAACAGUGUAACAGUGAAUUGCCAAAUGGACAACAUAAGAAUGCAGAAUUACAGUUCUCUGAAUUCUCUUCUGCAAUGUUUUCUGGACCUUUGGAGUCUGUGGAAUCUGGGUUUGAAGCUUCUGAGGAUUCUACAGUGAUAGAGAGAGAUGAAAGUAGCUCUUGCCAAGAUAGGAGCAGAACCGUUUCUGCAUCAAGUACUGGAGAUAUGCCAAAAAAUAAAACACGUGCUGCAGACCUUCUGGUAAAUCCACUGGACCCAAGAAAUGCAGACCUUAUUAGAGUUAAAAUUGCAGAUCUUGGAAAUGCUUGCUGGGUGCACAAACACUUCACUGAAGACAUCCAGACAAGACAGUAUCGCUCCAUAGAAGUUCUCAUAGGAGCUGGCUACAGCACCCCUGCUGAUAUUUGGAGCACAGCUUGUAUGGCAUUUGAGCUUGCAACAGGCGACUAUUUAUUUGAACCACAUUCUGGAGAAGACUAUUCCAGGGACGAAGACCACAUAGCACACAUCAUUGAGCUUCUAGGCAAUAUCCCAAGACACUUUGCUCUGUCUGGAAAAUAUUCUCGGGAAUUCUUCAAUCGCAGAGGGGAGCUUCGACACAUCACUAAACUAAAACCUUGGAGCCUGUUUGAUGUUCUGGUGGAGAAGUAUGGCUGGCCACAUGAAGAUGCUGCUCAGUUUACAGAUUUUCUCACUCCCAUGUUAGAAAUGGUUCCUGAGAAACGUGCAUCUGCUAGCGAGUGCCUGCGACAUCCCUGGUUAAGUUCGUAGGAAAUGUCCCUCUGUUACUUUGGACUGUCACAAUAUCUGUAACCGGAUUCUGAGUGAUUUGGCUUUAGCUUUACAACUUUUCUUUUAGUACCCUGUUUUGUUUUCCUUUGCUUGGUGUGCACUGUGGUCAAUGGAAAGGUUAGCCUCUGUGUCUUCAGCUCUAAGCUUUACCAACCCACUUUUUUCUGGGGACUGGGACGUGGGAGAAAAAUGAGAAAAAAAAAAAAAAGCCUAAUCUGGUCUUGUUUUUCAUGUUACGUGGCAUUCAGAUGUCCAAUUUUUGAACAAGAAGUACAUUUUUUCCAUGUGUCUGCCAGAUUUUGUAACUAUUUAUGAUAAGUUUUAGCAGAUGUUGG